UUCUCUUAUUUUCCCUCAUUUUCUCUCACUUUCUUUUGAGAAUUGAAGUUGGGUACGUCUAACUUUGAAGAAAGAUUCAACGUUUUGUUGUCGUUCUUCUUCUUCUUCAUCAAUCAGAAGCUGAUACUAUGAUUCACAUGGAUUAGGCAUUUUGCUCAAGAUUGCAAUGUCGUCAUCAACAUCCGACGUAUGGUUCUGUUGUGGGGAUUGCGAUAACAACCUUGUUCCUUUUAAUGGUCUCGUUAAGGAACUUGUUUCACAUCGCAAUAGCAAGAGUCGUUGGCUCCUCUUUCGCGACAAUGCUGGCUUGAAUGUGAGGUUUGAUGGAAGAAGGGCAAUUACUGAAGCGCCAGCCAGUGUGAAAUCCAUUCAGGUUAGAGAUGCAGGUCGGAGCACUCAAACUGAUAUGGCAGAUAUCCACUGUUCUAAUUGUGAAGGUCAUGUUGGAUGGAAAAUAAUUCGUGAGCGCAACAAUCACCCAGUAGUCCAUAAAGGCCAAUUCAUACUGCAGAGUUUUUAUCAGGAUAGUUGGGAGAGUCAGAUAUUCGCUCCAUGCCAUAAAACACAAGGAAGAAAACAUGGCUGAAAUUUCUGAUUCUGUUUGUGUUCCUUGCUAUCAUGGCUGUACGUAGACAAGAUUUGACAUUCCUUUCUUUUCCCAUAACCAAGUGAUGCAACUCAAACUCAAAACCUGAAAUGCAAUA